AUGAUUGACACCGAUCGUCUCUAACGGUCAGCUCGCUAGAUCUCUUUUCUGUCUCUUGAUUUUAAAGUUAAACAUACGAUCACGCGAGCCAGGUGGGCUGCAAGUGCGGUCUACAUGGAUUAUCGCGCCCAUUUCCUCUUCCGUGUAAGGGAAGGGAAGCCAAAAAAAAAAAAAACAGUACGACGUCAAAACGAAAGACAAAAAAAUAAAAUGAAAUGAAAAUUCCCCCCUGACGGAACAGGAUGAUAGGGGAUCAUCCCCCCAAAGGCCAUGCAUCGCCUAUUUCGAAGUACCGACGUCUUCCCAAGUCAUCCCCCCAGUCUAGACGGCAUGCGAUGCAGGCGGGACAUAAUCGGACACGCCAAUGAAUGGAUUGGCAGGCGACAACAAAGUACAUUUUUACACUGCCCAGCCGGGUGGGUCCGGCCAUCGACUCCAGAGCCACUGCGGAGAAUUGUUGUCUCUCAUUCCAAUGCUCGGGGCUAUUGGGGCUGGCGUCAUCUGUCAAGCACAGUUUCCCGUAACCCCCCCUCCUCUCACGACGAUACUGUCCGACUAGUCCAAUUGACAAAUAAUGUUUGCGACGGGCAGAUCAUAACAUCAUAGGUGUCUCGUGCGUCUACGGGACCGGUUCGUCGCCGUUCACAGGAAUUGUGGCUUCGAAGGG